GAAAUUCAGUCUACAGAAAACGCGUACGUGGUGCAGAAGUAGCCGCGCGUGGCCACCACAACGGCGUGCUAGACUUGUCGGUAUGAUAAAUAAGUGAAACGCCCUGUACAAGUUCUGUAAGUUUCAACAAUAACAACAACAACAACAACAAGAAAGCAGCAACAGCUCUAUGAAAUAUAUGCAAUCUAAAGCCAAUCUCAGUGAACAAAAAGUGUUUUUGAAAUAACGAAUCAAGAAGAAGAAUACAAAAACGUGUCCCAGGAUUUCUAUAAGCCAAAUAACACUGAUCAAGUGCUGGGCCAAGCAAGUGUUUCUAUACAUAUUAUAUCUCAAAGCAAAAGUGUAAACAAAAUAAAUUAAGAAAUCCUAAAAAGAAAACUAAUGUUGCAAUUUUUCUUAGCUAACGUUUUUUUGUUCAACAUAAUGAAGUUUCAUAAACUGAUUCUGAUCAGAAACACAAAACUCGUAACGUUGCGCGUUUGUUUUCAUAUAAGUUUACACGUAGGAUUAAGGUGCGCUCUCUGACUAGAGACAUUUAAUAUCAUCCAAAAUGGCCGCAUCCAUAUAUGCCACCCCACCGCCGGAUCUGAGCAGCGAGGAUACAGCGCUCUCCGAUGUCUCCAACUCAUCCACACUUAACACAAAUCGCGGCGGCGGCAGCAGCAACAACAGCAGCACCAACACCAACAACAACAACAGUCACACACAUGAAGCCACAGCAGCAACAGUAGCAGCAGCAGCAGCAACCACUGCAGCAAACACAGCAAUGUCACCCACUCUGGAAGCGGAGUCUAAGCCACUUGGAAGCAACACAAAUGAGACAGACAUGGCAGCAGUCGAGGAUGAGGUCGAGGGCGAAGCCGAGGCCGAUGGCGAAGGCGAGGGAGAGGGCGAGGGCGAGGCAGCUGGCGGUCUGGAUCAGACGGCGAUGGCUGCAAUGGCUGCAGCAGCAGCUAACGCAGCAGCCAUGCAGCUGCAGCUGCUCGAGGCGCUCAACGACGCGGCCAAGAAGCGACGCAAGCAACACAAUCCCAGUCGUCUGGAGGCGCUCAAUCUGAGCGGCGGCGAGCAGGAGGAGAGAGCCGCAACGGGCACUGCGACAGCGGGUCAGGUGGACCCAGCAACAAUCGACUACGAGGAGAAGCUGUCGAAGAUGUUGCUGCCCAAGUCCAUAGAGAAGCUAAAGGAGACAUUCGAGCUGCUGCAGCAGCAAAAGCUGCAGCCCGAAGACAUAUCAGAAGCGGAGGAGAAACAGCAACAGCAACGACAGCGGCAGCAGCAACAAGAAGAAGAGCAGCAGCAGCAGCUAAUUAAUCCCUAUCAGACCUACUGCAAGCAGUGCGGCGAGAACUUCGAGACAGAGUUCAAGCUCAGUCUGCACAUGUUGCAGGAUCAUCAACAGCCACAGCAGCAACAUCAACAGCAACAACAGCAGCAGCGGCGACAGUUGUCGUCCGACGAGCCCAUGGACUUGCUGGCCUCCAUCAAAGUGAAGCUGGAGCGCGCUGAGAGUCCCUCGCAGCUGGAGCUGCAGCAGCAACAGCAGCAGAUGGAGCUGGCCAACGGGCAUGCCGGCAACAACAAGGAGCACGAACUUUGGCUACAAGCCAUGGCUCAGCAGCAGCAGCAGCAGCAGCAACACCAACAGCAGCAGCAGCAGCAUCAGCAACUGCCCGGCAUGCCGCCCGCUUUUGCAUUUCCGCCAGAGGCUGCACUUGGCUGGCCACUUCUGGGCAUGCCCGGCUUUGCCGGCGUCGAUGGACUCAAUCGUCCGCCGUUGCGCAUCUUCAAUCCGGAGGCCUACUGUGAGCUCUGCAACAAGGAGUUCUGCAACAAAUACUUUCUGAAGACGCACAAGGCCAACAAGCAUGGCAUCUUUGAUCCCGCCGGUGACUUGACCACGCCCAACAACAAUAUCAGCACCAUCAGCAACAACAACAACAACAACAGCAGCAGCAGCAACAACAACCACAGCAACAGCAACAGCAUUGGCAUCAGCAACAUCAACAACAACAACAAUAACAGCAGCAGCAGCAGUUUAGCUUCCAUCUUUCCAACGCUGCAAAUGCCACGUGAGCCGCCGCCACAGAAACCUGAGCCACAGUUGACACCACCUGCACCACCGGCAGUGCACUGCGACAUCUGCUCCAAGCGCUUCACCAACGUCUUUGCCAUGCGUCGCCAUCGCGCCAAGCAGCAUGAGCAGGCCACGCCCACUGCCUCGCCGACGCCCAACGAGCAGACGCCGUCCAUUGCACAGGCGGCGGUCAAGCAAGAGCCCACGCCGGAAGCUUUAGCCGUGCCGGAGCAGAAGCCGUACCAGUUGCCCGAAGGAUUUCGCGAGGACUUCACGCUCGAGCAGGAGGAGGUGGCCUUUGCGCCGCCGCCUCGCAAACUGCCCAGUCAGCUGCAGCAGCAGGCGCGCGACUCCAACUGGGCGCCAGAGAAGCUGCGACGUCUCGGCGUUCAGCUGCCGGAGGCAUUCUGUGAGCUGUGCUGCAAGGAGUACGCCAAUCGCUACUUCCUGCGCACGCACAAAUGGAAGCGCCACGGCGUCUUUGUGCCGCCCGAGGAGCUGAGCAAGGAGGAGCAGCCGCUGAUGCCCGCUGGCUGGCCAUUCAUGCCACUGAAUCUGAUGCUGGCCAAGGCAGCUGCCGAGCAGGAGCAGCAACAGCAGCAGCAGCAGCCCGAGCAGGACGACGAACAGCAACCGCCGCCGCAGCAGCAGCAGCAGCAGCUAGAGGAGCAGCCCAGCAAGCGCAUCAAGCUGGAGCCCUAUGACGAGACGACGCCGCCACAGGACAAGCUGGAUAGCUCCGUGGUGGGUCUGCAGAAUCUGCAGAAGCUGCAAUCGAUGCUGCAGCAGCUCAACGACUUCAAUGGCAAGCGCCCGCUGCCCUGUCACCUGUGCGGCCGGGAGCUGGAGCAUCAAUAUGCCCUGCGUGCCCACUUGAUGACGGAGCAUGCCGGACAGCUGCUGCCCGAGGGACAUCCCAUGCUCUACCAGCAACAGCAGCAGCAGCAACAACAACAGCAGCAGCAGCAACAGUUGCCGCUGAAGCUAUCGCCAGUGGGCGGCGCUGGGGGCUCUCCCAACGCAGUCACGCCCACCCCGAACGAGCUGCGCUGCCAGACGUGCGAGCGCGACUUUGCCAACUCACAGGAAUUCAAGCAACAUAUCGCCGAGGUGCAUCUGGGUCGUCUGCCCGGCAGCAGUCCGCUUCGCGAGGGCUUCUAUACGCCGGAACGUGCAACGGUCGCCGCUGCGGGUGGCGCCGCUGGAGGCGUGGCACCCGGCACACCGCGUGCCGCCUACACCAUCACGCCCACGUCCAGCUACUGCGAGAUCUGCAACAAGGAGCUGUGCAACAAGUACUUCAUGAAGACCCACAUGCAACGCAUGCACGGCAUCGAGAUCGAGAACGGGGCACAGAUCGGCGGCGUCGUCUGCAACAUAUGCAACAAGGAGCUGUGCAGCAAAUACUUUCUGCGCGUGCACAAGCACAAUACGCACGGCAUCAUCGAGGAUGGCGCUCCGCUGCCUCAGCCGCGUGGCAGUGCACAGAACGGCCUGAAAGUCGAGGCACAGCAGCAGCAGCAGCAGCAGCAGCAACAGCAGCAACAACAGCAACAGCAGCAGCAACAGCAGCAGCAGCAACAGUUGCUCGAGCCGGAGAUUAGCCUAACGCCGCUGCGUGGCGAAUCGAACGAGCUCUGCCCGCUCUGCGCCCGACAGUUCCGCAGCUCCAAGUGGCUGCGCACGCAUCUGAUGAACGAACACGGCGCCGCUGGCAUCGAGAAGCUGCGCGAGCUGGAGCAGUCGGCCCUCGGCAGCAGCAACAACGGCAGCAGCAAGCCCGACAGUCCCACGCUCAAGAUACCCAAUGGGAGUGCUGCGGGCGCUGCCAACAAUCUGGCCCAGGCGCUGCAGAACGCCCAGCAGCAGCUGUUCGGCCAGAUGCAGUUGCCCAAAGGGAUGCCGCUGCCGUUGCCCUUGCCGGGCAUGUUCGAGCAGACGCCACGCUUCAAGGAAUACCAAUGCUCACUGUGCCCCUUCACCACGCCCUACUACGCAUUCCUCUUCAUACACGAGCGCUCCCAUGCGCUUCUCAACAAUGGAGGCAACGAUGGCAGCGACGCUCCACUGGAGGCGGAUCGAGAGAGAGCCUUUGGCGCCGUACAGAGCAAGGCCCGCAGCAAGCCGAGCAGAGAGCGUGCCCUCAAAGCUGAACGCUCCGAAAUCGAACCCACAAAUCUGACCACCAACAACAACAGCAACAACAGUAACAACAGCAACAACAGCAGCCACAACAAGGCAGGCACGCCCCCGCCCUCGCCAGGCGCCCCUGCCGCCUCGCCCAAGGCCCGUUCAGCCAGUGUGACUCCCAACCACAACUCCAAGCCGGGCACACCCAACGGUCUGCAGGCUCAGCGUUCGGCCGCCACCUCGCCGUUCGAGUUGUGCGCGGAUCUGGCCAACGGCAGCGGCAAGCCGGCCAGCUAUGCCCAGCCGGACAAGUCGGAGGAGGCAUACCAGAUGCAGGCCUUCCAUCUGACGCCCGCUGAUGCCGAUGCCGAGGGCCUCUUUGCACCGGCGCUCGUUUAUCUGCCGGUGCGCGUGCGCGCCUCGGAGUCGACCACACUGAGCUUCAGGCUGACACCGGCCUAAGCCCAGGCAGGGCUCAGAGGUCAACAGGUACCGAACACACAAAUCACAACAACAACACUUAAGUGUUGCCAGCGUAUGUAAGUUAAGAUAAAAGAAACCCCAAAACCGUUUUUUUCAAAAGCAAACCAAACAUGGUGCAAUGACACGAGCUUAAACUGGGACUAAACUAAAAGAGAAUCGUAUAGGAAGAAUUGAUGAGCAAACAAAAUAUCUUCGAUAGACCGAAAACAAUAAGAGCAUGAAAUAAUUAAAUUAUACAAGUUUUAAGCGGCAAUAAGUUGGGUUUAUCAAAUCACAUUUAUUGCAGCUUUAAGCUUUAAUGAACUCUGGCACUUAAAUGCUAGACCAUCCAAUCAAAGCUACAUACAAAGUGGGUGGGUCUUGAUGAGAGCAUCAAAAAAUAAAUGAAUCUCUAAGUGAGACUAAGCCCAUUUAAUAUAGCUUAAAGCUUAUAUGAACUUGAGAAACUUCAAACAUCAAUGAACUAUUCGAGACGAAGAUAAGCUCAAUUUUUCCAAUAUCAAUCUACAGUUAAAGCACCUAUAUAGCUCGUGUCAUUGCAUCAUUACGAUUGCUCUAGCCAGGCUACAGUGUUGGCUAGCAGUAUUCGCCUCCCCAGCCCAGUUAAACCGACAAGAAGACAAGACAAAAUAGUGGAACUACAAAAGACUGAGUGCGCAUAUUAGUUGAGCUCAUUAAAGUAAAGUUUAUAUACAAUAGCUAUAGCUACAGCAGCUGCAGAGAUCGAGUCUGCACCACUGUGGCACAAAUGCAUGUGUUUUGUGUAUAACAUAAAACCCGAUACUAAAAACGAUCUAAAAGCAAACAGAAAAAAUCAAACUAUAAACAAAAUAAUAAACAAAUAACAACAAGUCCGUUUCAGCUGGCAACACUGUGUGCUAAAAACAUAUUUUUCUAUAUAAAUCCAUAAAUGAUAAACAUAAAACAUUGCAUAACAUACCAAAACAAUACAUAUAUCUAUAUCUCUAGUGAUUAAUAUCAAAGUUCCUAUGCGUAAUAGUAAUUUUUAAAAGCCAUUAACGUAUCGUAAACGGAAACGGAAAAGAAAGAAAGCUAACUUAGUCAAAGAAAAAAAAAAAAGAAAGAAAAUACCAUAAAUCAAAAACUAAAUUGAAAAUUAAAUACGUACAUAAUACAUAAGUCGCAAAGCAUGGAAUAGAGAAAGAGAGAGAGCGAGACAGAGGAGAGCGAUAGAGAAGGGAAAGGCGAUAUAUAAAUAUACAUACAUAUAUAACCGAAACAUAUAUCGUAGUCGCCAGCUUAACUUAGAUAGUUGGACAUAGGUGUGUCUAUGGCUGGGUUCGGUGCGCUUAGCUUAAGGGAUUUGGUAUAAUAUAUAUAUAGUAGUGCUAGUAAAACCUACAGAAAAGAUAGGGGUAAACACAUUGAAGCUUCAGCAUAUAAGAAAAUUAAAAACGAAAACAUUUAUGCACAAAUUUGCUCAAAAAUCAAAAAGUAGUCGAAAUCAAAAUUAGGAGAACUAAGUAAAUGAUGGAUUAAGAGAUGGUGUGCUAAUAUAUAAAAGACAGUUCCAUAGUAACAUAUACUUAACUAACACUGAAAACUGCUCUUUUAAAAAUUAUCUAGAAAAACCUAAACACUAUAGAAAUUUCUUUAAAUAAAUAUUAUUUUUAACAUAUAGAACAACCUAUGCCAAAAACUAACUGUAUAUAUAGAACGAGCAACAUCUAUAGAGCAGAACCGAUUCAGAUUUGAGUAGAUAAACCAGACAAAUGGCGCCAGUAAAGACAUUUUUUUGCUAAUUUUUUAUGCAGCAGGCAAGAAAACCAAAACAACAACAACACGAACAACUCAGGGCAAAAGUACAAUGACCAUUAGUACUUUAAAUAUACUAAACAAAAUACUAAAUGAAAUAUAUAUAAAUGAUAAAGCGAAAAUAAAUAUAUAAACAAUU